AAGCAACAAGCCAAAAAGGGCUUUACUGUCUUUUUACGUUUGUAAACCAAAUGAACCAAUCAGCUACUUUCAUUACUAGCUCACUUUAGCCUCCCUCACUUUAUUAGCUUUCUCAUUUGUCUAUUUAUUAGUCAUUAUUAUUACCACUCUCAAGCAAAAGUAACAAACCAAAAAAAAAAAAAAAACACCAUACACAAUUCAAAUGAGGCUCCCUCUAAAAACAUCCGUCUUUACAACAUUGCUGCUGCUAAUUAUAGCCAACAUUGCGGCAGCAGCAGCGACUGAGCCACCAUUCGCUUGCGAUUCCUCGAACCCGAACACGAAACGUUACACAUUCUGUAGAGCUGAUUUACCAAUUAGAAAACGAGCCAAAGAUUUAAUAGCUCGUUUGACAUUAGAUGAGAAAGUUUCUCAGUUGGUAAAUACUGCCCCUAGUAUCCCCCGUCUCGGCAUCCCGGCUUACGAAUGGUGGUCAGAGGCAUUGCACGGGGUGGCCGACGCAGGGCCUGGAGUUUCUCUCCAUGGUACCAUCCGUGCUGCUACUAGCUUUCCUCAAGUUAUUCUUACUGCUGCUUCUUUUGAUGUUCGUCUCUGGUACCGCAUUGGCCAGGCAAUAGGAAAAGAAGCACGAGGAGUAUACAAUGAAGGGCAAGCAAAAGGAAUGACAUUUUGGGCACCAAAUAUAAACAUAUUUAGAGAUCCAAGAUGGGGCAGAGGCCAAGAAACUCCAGGGGAAGACCCUUUGAUGACUGGCAAAUAUGCAAUGUACUUUGUGAGAGGCUUACAAGGUGACUCUUUUCAAGGAGGCCAAAAACUUAGUCACCUUCAAGCGUCGGCAUGUUGUAAACACUUCACUGCUUAUGAUUUGGACCGUUGGCAUAACAUCACUCGCUAUGUCUUUGAUGCACAUGUGACUGCACAAGAUCUGGCAGAUACAUACCAGCCUCCAUUUGAGAGCUGCAUACACCAAGGCAGAGCCAGCGGCAUCAUGUGUGCCUAUAAUCGCGUCAACGGAGUUCCUAAUUGUGCUGAUUACAAUCUCUUAACUAAGAUUGCACGAGGAAAAUGGGCUUUUGACGGGUAUAUUACAUCAGACUGUGAUGCAGUAUCAAUCAUACAUGACGCUCAAGGAUAUGCUAAAGCUCCUGAAGAUGCAAUAGCUGAUGUCCUAAAAGCUGGAAUGGAUGUGAACUGUGGUUCUUACCUGCAAAACUACACAAAAUCAGCAGUACAACAAAGAAAAGUGCCUGAAGCACAAUUAGACAGGGCACUUGAAAACUUGUUUGCAGUGAGAAUGAGGCUGGGUUUGUUUGAUGGAAACCCGAGAAAGCUGCAAUUUGGGAACAUUGGCCCUGCUCAAGUUUGUACCAGGGAGAGUCGAGCUUUAGCCUUGAAGGCUGCUCAAUCUGGCAUUGUGCUCUUGAAGAACAAUAACAAACUUCUUCCAUUCCCCAAGGAAAAAACCCUCUCCCUUGCUGUCAUAGGCCCCAAUGCCGACACUGCUCUAACACUUCUAGGCAAUUAUCAUGGUCGUCCUUGCACUUCUAUUACCCCACUUAAAGCACUGCAAAGCUAUGUCAAGAACACAAGAUAUCACCCAGGAUGUAAUAAGGUGGCUUGCUCUUCUGCUUCAAUACAAGAAGCUGUGGCAAUUGCAAAGGGAGCAGAUUACGUGGUGCUGAUCAUGGGACUGGAUCAAACGCAGGAAAGAGAAGACUAUGAUCGAACAGACUUGGUGCUUCCAGGUAAACAGCACAAUCUCAUCACACAGGUGGCGAGAGCUGCUAAGAAGCCAGUGGUGUUGGUGAUCCUUUCUGGCGGUCCAGUUGAUAUAGCUUUUGCCAAAGUAGACACCCACAUUGGCAGCAUUGUUUGGGCCGGUUACCCUGGUGAAGCUGGUGGUGUUGCACUUGCACAAGUCAUUUUCGGAGAUCACAACCCAGGUGGGAAAUUACCAAUGACUUGGUAUCCUAGAAUAUUUAUUAAAGUGCCAAUGACAGACAUGAGGAUGAGGGCAGACCCUUCCUCGGGCUACCCAGGGCGCACGUACAAGUUUUACAGAGGCAGGAAAGUCUUUGAAUUUGGACACGGUCUAAGCUACACCACUUAUUCGUACAAGUUCAUCUCAGUUCCUCAAAAGAGUUUGAAUCUGAAUUCAGUAGGGAGCACCAAGAUGGCUAAGAAUCUUGAUUCUGCAAGGUAUGUUAUAGUUUCCGAUAUGGAGUCAGAAUCAUGUAAGACGAUGAAAUUUUCAGCUACUGUUGGAGUUGAAAAUGGAGGGGAGAUGGCAGGAAACCACCCAGUGUUAAUGUACGUGAGGCAAGAGAACACGACCAAUGGAAGUCCAAUGAAACAAUUAGUUGGCUUUGAGAGUGUGAACUUGAAAGCAGGGGAAAAAACAGAAAUCCAGUUUGAAUUGAGCCCUUGUGAACACCUGAGCCGAGCCAACCAAGAUGGGCUUAUGGUGGUAGAAGAAGGCACUCACUUUUUAGUCGUGGGUGAUCAAGAGUUCCCAAUUGCUGUUCAUGUUGCUUAUUGAUCAAGCAUCCAUCAACAUCGAACAUCGAUCGCAGAGAAGUUUGUCCUACUAAUCUUCUCUUGCUGAAGGAUCGGCAAUAGAGUACAAGUUAUAGUUUGAGUUACUGAAUAAUAGUGGCACCUUUGCGAAAUAUGAAAUAUGCUUAUUAUGUUACUACUAUAACUUGGAAAUCAAGAGCUCAAAAGAAAGCAACAUGUCAAUCUCAUUUCUGUAAUUUGAACACAAAAUAUGUAUCAAAUGAAAUAUACUAUUUUGUUGUUUAUCAA